AUGGCAGACCAACAGACUACUGCUGCACCAGCCGCAAAUCCCGCUGAAGUCUCCAAGACUGAGAGCACAGCCAACGUCCAGUCUGAGUCCAAGACUGAAACCUCUGACUCUAAGCCUGAGGAGAAGGCCAACAAGACCGAAAACGGUGAGGAGAAGUGGGAAGUCAAUGGCAAGUCCGAGGACAAGAACGGCCGUCGCAACGACCGUCGCGACGGUGGCCGUGGAGGUCGAGGCGGUCGCGGUGGUCGAGGCAACUUCCGCGACAACCGCAACAAGAGGCAGAACAACCAAGAAUUUGACGAUCUUCCCGAGUCCGACGACCCCAACGAUAUCCGCGCCCAAGUCGAGUUUUACUUCUCUGCACAGAACUUGGCAACCGACGAGCACAUGUUCAAGGUGCUCGAAGGUCCCAAGAACACUCCUGUUUCUAUCCACCACAUCUGCACCUUCAAGCGCAUGCGCCACUUCAAGCCUUACUCCGCUGUUGUAAAGGCACUCCGCGAGAGCAACGAUCUCGACGUCGUUGAUGAUGGCGAGUACAGCAAGGCUGGCAGCGAAGCCGUCAAGCGCAAGGAGCCGCUUUCCGUCCCCACCAAGGAAAGUGACGAGAAGAACCCACCUACCACAGAGGAGCUCUUUUACCGCUUGAAGAACAACUCAUCCAACAACAUGGAGCGCAGCGCCUACGUUAAGGGCUUCGGUAGCGAAGACCAAGCCGGCCAGAUUGCGCUCGAGAAAUUUUUCCGUCCUUACGGCGCAGUCAUGGUCCGCAAGCGCCGCGAGAAUGAUGGUGCCUGGAAGGGCAGUGUCUUUGUCGAGUUCGACUCUGAGGACUCCCAGAAGCAGUUCCUCGAGCUUGACCCCACACCCAAGUUCAACGGUAACGACCUUGUUACCAUGGGCAAGAAGGAGUACAUCGUCAUGAAAUGCCAGGAGAAGGGCAUCAAGCCCGACUGGGAGCUGACCGAGGAAGAGAAGUACCAGCAGCGCAAGGCACAACGCGAGGCCAACGGCGACUUCAGCCGCAGCGGUCGUGGAGGAGGUCGUGGAGGUCGUGGACAGGGUCGCGGUGGACGCGGUGGACGUGGUGGCAAUGACCGUCGCGACAACCGCCGUGACCGCAACCGAUCCCGCUCUCCCCGUAGGCGCCGCGAUCGCAGCGCUUCAAACGGCUCCGUCGACGCUGACGACUGGAACAAGCGUCGCGACCGCUUCAAGGAUGGCAAGGACGACCGCGCCAGCCACAAGGAGGACAAGAAGGAGAUUGAGCGCGAUGCUCACGGUGUUCCCAUUGUCAAGGACACCUCCAACAAGCGCAAGGCCGAUGACGGCGAGCCCCAGGGCAGCCCCAAGAAGAGCAAGCUUGAGAUCAAGCAGGACGAGUAG